CCAGGGACACACCUGCUGGCCUGGGAGGAGCUGAGACAGGUGGACUCUCCUUAACUUCACUGAGGAAGAGAGACGGACGCUACAGGAGACAAGAAGGGGUGAGAGGACAAGGAGAGAGGAGAGGAGUUGGAAGAUACACAGUCAGACUCAGAUUACACUGACGGGCCUGAACAAGUGUCCCAACAUGUCGAAGAACAAGGAAUACAGCUCUGUAAAGAUCAACAAGUUCCAGGCCCAGGACCUGGCCAUGCUGAUCGCUCGCAUGCAGAAGAACGCAGACCGAGUGGAGAAGAACAUCCUGAGAGCGGAGGAGCUGAUGCUCGAGGACACUGAGCGUGAGAGGAAGAACCAGCAGCUGAUCCAUCAGAAGAUCACCGCCGAGAACCUGACGGAGGCCGAGGGGCUGCUGAAGGACCUCUUCAUGGACGUGGACAAAGCCAAGAGGCUGCAGCACCCUCAGGCUCAUGAGAUAGACAAAGACGUGAACAACCUCCACGUCCGCUGGGCCAAAGACUGCGCCACCUACAGGGAACUGUACGAACAGGUGCAGGACCUGGAACUGGCACCCAAGAUCCGCUGGAGUUCUCUGCUGGAUGACAAACUGAAACAGUUAGACACGGAGGCGUACGGCCCUAAACUGUCUGAUGUAGAGAAGCAGAUUGCCGCUCACAACAUUCUGCACCAGGAGAUCGAGGCGUACAACGCUCAGCUGCAGCCCGGCUCCACCACCUCACAGGAGCAAUACGCCGCCGUCAAGGACAAAUAUGCAAAGCUUUUAGAAAAGUCCCAGCAGAGGCGAAGCUCUCUGGCCUCCCUGUACGAGUACAUGCAGGGCUGCAGUAAGGAGCUGGUCUACCUGUCUGGUCAGCAGGAGAGGAUCCUGCAGAGAGACUGGAGCGACCGCAUGGUCGACCCCCCGAGUGUCCGCAUGGAGUAUGAGAAAUUUAAAAACAAUGGCCUGCUCGCACAUGAAAGUGAGAUCAACCAGCUGCAGGAUGAAGGAGAUCGUCUGGUUCAAAGGAAUCAUCCUGGCACGCCAACGAUAAAGACACACAGAGACUCAGUGCAGAACGAGUGGCAGGCCUUUCUCAACCUGUGCCUCGCACAAGAAACACACCUGGACAACAUUGAAGAUUAUAAGAAGUUCCAGCUCGAUGCCGAGACUCUGUCUGAGUCACUGGAGAGACUCAAUUCCACCCUGGACCCAAAGUCCACGGCCAACAAAAGCAACCAUGAAAUCCUGUUUGCCCUGGAGGGAGAUGAACCAGCUGUGAAGAGGAAUGAGCAGCGCCUGGCCUUCCUCAAGGAGAGCAGCGGCAGCAUCAUGCCCCUGAAGCUACGACGCCAGAAGCCCAGCAAAGCCACCACUGCCGUGGCGCUGUGUGACUGGGCCGACGAGGAGGACACAGUGAAGCGCGGUGAGAAGCUCACUCUGAGGUCCAACGCCGACAAUAAGGACUGGGAGCUUCAGACCAGCACGGGGAAAGUCAAAACCCUUCCAGGGGCUUGUUUCGUGAUCCCACCUCCUGACACUGAGGCAGUGGAGAAAGUGAACAGCCUGGACAGAGAACUGAGCAGCCUGAAGAGCCGUAGAUCUGCUUUAAUGACCUCUUUGAGGAACCCCACAGUGGAGGUGGUUCGUCCUCAGAGUGCAGCUACAGUGAGAAGUGCUCCAGAAGAUCCCAGAGCAGCAGAGCUCGCUAAUGAUUUAGACAACAUCAAUAGAUCCCUGGACAGGGUUCAGAAAGAGAUCCUGAGCCGGGCCAGAGCUCCCAUUGACAGCCGCAGCCCCACACAGGACCUGGCAAACAGACUUCAAGAGCAAGAGAAAUCUGCUCUGAGUGCUCGGAGGCUGGAAGCUGAGAAGGCAAGAGUCCAGAGAGAGAUGGAGCCGAUUGUGUCCAAGACUCCUCUGGGACCCAUCGCCUCGACCCUGCCCCUGAAACUCAAUACUGCCAAUAACAAGCUUGAUGACAUUGACGCACUCAUUGCUCUUUAUGAUAAAAAAGCUACAGCCGCCAUGUUCCUGGAGAAACAAAUGUACAACGUGGACGGCUUUGUCUCUGGGUUUGAGGACCAGCUUUCGAAGGACGGCGUCGUUCUUGAUCAGCCUAACGUCCUCCAGAGUCGCAAUCAGCGUCUGCAGGAUAUUUACAAGAAUGUCGCUUCAAAGAAGAGCGAGUUGAUCAAGUUGGGCAAAGACUUGGACCUGACGAAGCAGGCCUGCAGUUCCAUGCAGCAGAGUUUCAAUGAAUACUGUCCUGACAUCUACCGUCAGGAGACUGAGGUGAAACAUCUGAAGAACCGUUUCUCAAAUGUCAACAAUCAGCUCCAAGAUAGAUCUACUCUCCUACAGGAGGCAAACAAUAAAAACCAAGAUUUCCAGAAUGCUUGCCAGUCACUGGAUUUCUUCUUGGUCAAUUUGCCCAAUAAUACAAUCAAACCCACAGAUGAUGUGGCUCAGAUCACAGCCAAGCAGAACUCUCAGAGGAUAGUGGUGGAGGACAUCAAGAGAAAAUCAAAGGAUUUGGCCCGAGUCAAGGAUCUUUCAUUUGAUCUGCAGAAUGUCUUAAAUGAGUACGAGGUUAAGUCAAACACUUACCGUGGCACUCUGAAUGACGAUGACGAUGAUGACGACGAUGAUGACGACGAUGAAGAACCGGUUCUAAAGAAACGUUCAACUACAACUUUAGCUCAAGCUGUACAGAGAAAGGAGAAAGAUCUGCUCAACCUCUUCUCUGCCGUAUCUGCUGAGAACACUCAGCUUAACAACCAGUUGGGGACGACAAAGAUCAUAAUGGCCAGGAAUGAAGAGAAAGUCAGCCAGGUAGUUGUAAAUCAGCAGCUGCAGCUACAGAGCCAGCAGAGAGACCUGGAGGCAAGUGAUAGUCUGAAAAGGGAAUUAAAUGAGGAGAUUAAUAGGCGCUUACAUGCUGAAAAAGACCUGGAAACGUACCGCACAAGGUUUGUGUCUCUGAAAAACAGGAGAGGAGUGGAGAGGUUUCAAGAGAAGGAGGUGGUGCAGUACUACCGUGACCCUAAAGUGGAGUUGGAACUGGAGUCCCUAAAAAAGCGGAUCCAGGAGGAAUCAUCCAAGAGGUCAAGAACCCGUUCAGAGAUCGAAAUUUACAACGAGAAGGUUAUCAGUAUGGAAAUACAGCUCACGAAAGUUGAACCUAAACUGGUGACCAAGGUGCUGACUGAAUAUGAGAGAGACCCACAGCUGGAUAAAGAGGCAGUCAGGAUUAGAGAGGAGAUGCGUAGGAUACAAAUGGAAGUACAAACUAGAGACUCCGAAACAAUUCAUGUGAAAUCUGAGAUCACAGUUCUGUCUCAGCAGAAACCAAAAAUCAGGGAGAAGAUCGUUAAGAAGGAAGUUGUGAGGCUUGAAAAGGACCCAGAGAUGCUCAAGGGUGUUUUCAUAAUCCAAGGUGAUAUUGCGGAGGAAGAGUCCCGGUGCAAGUCCCUGAAUGAUACCGUUUUUAGCACAAGGAGCCAGAUAAACACACUAGAAAGAGUAAUUCCCACCAUUCAGCCCAAGAUAGUCACCAAGGUGGUGAAGCAAGUCCAGCAAGACCCUGAUUCAGUCGAAGAAUUCAAAAAAUUACGAAUGGCCUUAGAAGAGGAGAAAGAUGAGAAUGUGAUACUGAUGAAGGAGUUAACCACCCUUAACUUACGUUACAGUGAAGUGGAGAGGUUCAAGCAAAAAGUUGAGGUCAAAGAGAUCAUCAAUGAGAUCUACAGGAUUGACCCGGAAACAGAACUUGAGCUGGUACGUCUCAAGAAACAGCUGCAGGACUGUAGCCGAAACCGAACUAACAUGGAAAAAGAAAUCAACACAGUCACGACAACUGUGACCACUUUACGAGCUCAGAAACCCAAAGUGGAGUACAAGGAGGUGACACAGGAAGUGAUCAAAGAAGAGAAAAGCCCAGAGGUCGUCAGGGAAUUACAAAGGCUGAGCAACCAAGUUUCCCGUCUGCAAGUCAACUAUGACACCACCCUGGAGCUGCUCUCCCACUUACGCAAGGAGAGAGAUGAGCUGAAAGCUGAAAAAUCCAAAGUGGAGACAAAACUAGUCACCAAAGAGAUCAUCAAAUAUGAGAACGAUCCUCUUGUUGAAAAAGAGGCUGACAGACUUAGGAGAAAUGUACGGGAGGAGAUCCAGCAGCGCCGCAGCUUGGAGGAGUUGCUUUUUGACCUUCAGAACCAAUACAUUGUCCUUGAGAGGCAAAAGCCAGAAGAGAAGAUCAUCAUGCAAGAGACGAUACGUCUUCAGAAAGACCCCAAGCAGAUUGUAGAGCACGAAAAGUUGAACAAGUCCCUGGAUGAUGAAGUGAAAACCCGCAGGAAGUUUGAGUUAGAGGUCAGACAGCUCAGAGCGCUGGUUCAAGAGAGAGAGAGCACUCUGGCUCAAAUGGAUGAACGUCAGAGAAAGAUUCAAGUGGAGUCAGAGCUCAGGCAGAUCAGAGCUCGCAUUCUUGAACUGGAAAAUUCUCCCGCACCUGUUGAGGAGAAGAUCAUUAUUGAGGAGGUCCUGAAAGUGGAGAGGGAUCCAAAGUUGGAAAGACUUACUGAUGGUAUUCGUGUUGAUUUGGAGACAGAGGGCAACAAUAUUAGUCGAAUAGAGAGAGAAAUCCGAAACCUGAAGGUGAAAUUGGAAAUUCUGCUAAAAGAAAAGUCAGUGGAGAAGGUUGUUUACAGAGAGGUUGUCCGUGUAGAGAAAGACCCGGCUGUGGAGGCUGAAAGGGAACGUCUAAGAGACCUAGUGUCACAGGAGAGAAACCUCAGGCGGGAUGUGGAAGACAAUGUUCAAAACAUCAACAUCAGAAUUGCACAUCUGCAUACAUCAAAGACUGUGACCACUCAGGAGGAGAAAACUCUCAUCACUAACAGAGAUGCUCUACAGAGAGAGAAAGAAGAUUUUCUCAAACAACUCAAAAUGCUGGAGUCUCAAAGACAGAACAUCACCAUCACCUUCCAGCAGCAAACCAAGCUGGUGAGUGAGAGGACCCAGAGCGCACGACAAAGGAGUCUGAAGACCUCAACUGAAAUACAACGGCUGGAGCGUGAGAUCCUAAAAGAAAAAGACAAAAUACACCAGAAAGAGGCGUACAUCAUUGAGCUGCAGAACACCCUUGAGAAGGAUGACCAUACAGAAACUCACACCAGAGAGACUAAUCUCUCCACAAAGAUCAGCAUCCUGGAUCCAGAAACUGGUAAAGACUUGUCUCCCUAUGAUGCCUACUUGCAGGGAUUGAUUGAUCGCAACCAGUAUAUUAACCUCGCAGAAUUAGAGUGUGACUGGGAGGAAAUCACUUCUACUGGCCCGGAUGGCGAUACAACAAUUCUGCAAGAUCGCAAGAGUGGGAAGCAGUACUCUGUCAAGGAUGCACUGAAGAAUGGUCGCUUGACCGAAUAUGAUUUGAGUCGCUUCAAGGACGGGAAAAUGUCGAUUUCUGAGUUUGCCCUCCUUGUCGCAGGGGAAACCAGAAAGCCCAUUGUUCCUCCGAUAAUAAUCCCAAAAUCACCAACCAAACCUGCCCCACUCUCUCCCUUCAACUCUAUGUCAACCUCGAGGAGGUCUUCCUCCUACACGAACCUCAGUGGCAGCAUGAGCAACUUAGCCACUCCAAUGUCCCCAGUCUCUCCCACUGCAGGUGACGAACAUUUUCCAAUCUCCGGUGUUUAUGACACCACCACAGAAAGUCGCAUGUCUGUUAGAAGCGCCCUCACCCGCAAACUCAUUGAUGCUGACACAGCUCUUAAGUUACUUGAGGCACAAGCAGCCUCUGGUGGUAUUGUCGAUAUUAACAAAAAGGACAAACUGUCCGUCCAUAAGGCAGCUGAACAUGGCCUUAUUGACCAUGGUAACAUGUAUAAACUUCUGAAUGCCCAGAAAGCCUUUACUGGAGUUGAAGACCCUGUGACUAAAGAGCGUCUUGCCGUCGGACAGGCAGCACAAAAAGGAUACAUUCCCCAGGAAAACGCUAUAAGGUAUCUGGAGGCACAGUAUCUGACUGGUGGGUUGGUGGAUCCCAGGAAAGCAGGUCGCCUUACUGUCCAAGAAGCUCUCGCUAGUGAUAUAAUUGAUAGCACGACAGCUGGUCAACUGGAAAAAGAGGCGUCUCACACGAAAGAGCUGGUGGACCCCGUUUCCAAGGAGAAAAUAUCAUACAAGGAGGCAAUGGAUCGCUGUAAGAGAGACAUCAGCACAGGUCUCCUGCUGCUUCCAGUGGCCUCCACAGAUUCUGCUAAUGCUCCAUCAUACUCCAACUAUCGAUUUAGCUCGUCUUACAAAUCUAAACCUUAGAUUUGCGGUUUAGGUGCAAUGUUUUUACUACAGGUGCUAGAGAGAGACAGAAUGCCUAGAAAUGUACAUGUAAAGAAAUGAAGGAUAAAACAAUAGGGUCAUACACCUAGACUUCUUUGAAAACACUGGAAAAAUUAUACAUUUUUGGUGGAAAUCACAUUGAUGUGUGUGGUUUUUUUCUGUGGGUAAUGUUUAUGUUUUACGUGGUACAGUAUAUUGUUUUUCAGCAUUCUCAAACUACAGUAAAGUGUUCAUAAGUGCUUAAUUAAACUCCACAAACUUCA